CAAGAACCAAACACACAUAAUUCGUACAAAUCUAAAACUAUUUUAUUUUGUAAAUAUAAAUCAUGGAUUUCUUACACGAAUCUGUGGCGCUGGGCGUUGACCUGCUUAUCCUAGGACUCUGUGUGCGUGAAUAUGCAAAGUGUAAGAACAACGCCAAACAAUUGCGGGCGGCGCCACAGUACAACAUCGAUAGUGACCUCAAGUCCCUAGUGGCGCGUCAACGGGACAAAAAGAUACCUUAUGCUGUAAUACGGGGCACUGUAACGCCGAUGGGCGUGCCGCUCCGCAGCAGCUUCGUGCCCAGCGUAAGCGGCGUUCUGCAGAUUGUAAAACUGCACGAGCAUCGUGUAAUGCGCGCUUUUGCUGGAUUCUGGGCAGAACAGCGUAAACUGAUUCACGAGAGUGCCAAUGAGAUGCCGUUCGAGCUACGGAAUCAGGAGCAUGGCGUGGAAAUAGUUGAUGCCAUGACAGCGGCCGUGCUCGAUGUGGACAUAGUGUAUGACAACUAUGAGGCCACAUCGCUGUCGUUCUUUGAUCACGUGUUUGGCUUCUUUACGGGUGUGAGGCAAAAAGGACUACAGACGACGGAGCAAGUGCUACGCGAUGGCAGUUUCCUGACUGCCAUUGGCGAGCUAGAAAUGGACGGCCAAACGCUGCGCAUGCAGCCGUCGAAGUUAGGACCACUCUAUCUCACCACCGCCACUAAGUCAACGCUAAUCAAGCGCUUUGAAGAUGCCAAAUCAUCAAUGCUCUUUAAGAUUGUAGUAUGCAGCAGCAUUUCCAUGGUGUUGGUGGGUCUCAUAAUGCGCAAGCUGUACCGCAAAAAGAAGCAGGAGCGCGAAGAGGCCAAAAUACGCAAGCGACUGGAAUCAGAACGACGAGAGCGACGUGCACGUAAUCGGCCGCAUACACUAAGCCAGGAUCAGCUCUGCGUGGUGUGCUCUACCAAUCCCAAGGAAAUUAUAUUGUUGCCUUGUGGACAUGUCUGUCUCUGUGAGGAUUGCGCACAAAAAAUCGAAGUAACCUGCCCCGUGUGCCGUUGCAAAAUCGAAUCUAAGGCGGCAGCAUUUAUAGCCUAAGCCCAUGUAUAUAGUCAAACAUCAUCAUUUACGUUACGUGUGCAGUUUUACAAUUAUUUAUAAAAAUUUGCUUAAAGUUUUAACAAGCCAAAAGUUA